CCAUAUCUCAACAAGCCGAAGCUCCAGUCGCUUCAACAUCUGGAACUUCCAAGACUUCAAAACCACCUAAGACAGUAAAUAAAAAGCUCAAAGCUAGUAAGUCAUCUGAAUCUAUUGAGCCUAUAAGUGAAGUGCUAGAUAUGUCUCCUAAAAAAACUGAUUCUUUCAAGCCUAUCAAUGAAGCUUCUUCAUCAUCUCAAACAAUAGAAAUGGAUUCAAUGUUAGCUGAAAUUGAUGCAAUGUUAGCUGAAAUUCAAAAAUAA